UUUUUGGCAUCCAAAUUAUUUAAAUUUUUCUAAAAACAAAAAAAAAAUAUAUUGUACUCUUUAGAAUAUGAAAUUGUUAAAGAAACUUGUCCUGCUUCCACGAUGUGUUCUCCCUUUGCAAAAAGGUUUUUCCACCGAUUUGCCCAAUCUGUUAGGCAUUCCUAGAGUUAAGAUACCGGAGGGCCAAACUCGUUAUUUAUUGCUUAUGGCUUACUCGCAUGGCUAUACGAAGUUUGGAAGGACCAUCGUCCGGGCCGCUGAUGUUAAGAAUCACUUGGAAAUAUUCGACCAAGCUUUGGAGGAAUUGGAAUCGGGGGGAAUUUGCGCGAAAUGUCUUGGCGGUGGAAUGAUUGACAAUGAUGUGAAGGGUAAAAAAAUACGAAUAUAUGGCUCAAGUCAAACUUUCGGGAAUGCUGACCACUUCAGGACAAAGAAUAUAUUACAGUCCUGGUCCGCAUACAGGGACUUCCAAAUUGUGGUCAAUUAAUAAGCUUCGACAAUCUCUUACGAAAUAAAAUGGCAAACGCACUGCAA